UCAUUUAGAACCUUUCAGAUUUGACUAAUCGCUGAUCGCGAAACAAUAACCAAUCGUGGAGAAAAUGAAAACCCUCCAAUCCAAAAGGCGCUUUCAUUUGACAGUCAGGAAGUAGAGCUGCCGUGUGGAGUUUAGUGCCUUAUACGCUCCUACAAUAACCAGUACUGUACACGGUAGCUGGGACGUCAAGGGCUGCGUUUUAUAUAGUAUUUUUCUAUGAGAUAUAGAAUUUAUAAGUAUUCUUAUUCAAGAGAACUGCAAAUAGCCGAGAAAUGAAAUUACCCAGUGCACUGUUUAAUGGCAUUUUAUUGCUACUGGUCGCUCUUGGAGUUAGAGAUGUAGCUAUCGUAUAUGAAUCAGACAGGUGCAGCAUGACCUACAUGUUCGAAUAUCCUGAGUUUCAGAAAAUUAAGCUUCCAAAAAAAGUAUCUCGACUUUAUCCAAUGUAUGAGCUAUAUUUGUAUGGGGAAGGUGCCUAUGCAUUGGAAAACAAAAACCUUACAUUGACCGGAAUCCCAGUUUUGUUUCUUCCUGGGAAUGCUGGUAGUUACAAACAAGCUCGGUCAGUUGGUUCAAUUGCACUUCGAAAAGCGGAGACCAUUGGAAAUGUCUAUCACUUCAAUGUCUUCACUGUCAAUUUCAACGAAGAGCUAGUAGCACUUUAUGGGGGAAGUUUACAAAGACAGACAAAGUUUGUGCAUACUUGCAUCAAAGCAAUAAUACAGCUUUACAAGAACCAAGCAUACUCGCCACAAGGUGUUGCUAUAAUAGCACAUUCCAUGGGUGGUCUUGUUGCUAGAGCAUUACUUACGCUGAAUAAUUUUAAACCUGAACUUAUAAACCUCAUCAUAACACAAGCAACACCUCAUGUUUUACCAGUCUUGUCUGUAGAUUAUUAUCUCACUGAUUUCUAUGCCUUGGUGAACAACUAUUGGAUUCUGAAUGCUGAUAAACUCCAAAAUAUAACCACACUUUCUGUGGCUGGAGGAUUCAGGGAUUACCAAGUUCGUUCUGGUCUGGCUUUUCUGCCAGCUUCAAAAGUAUAUAAUAGUGCCUUAUCUGUUGUGAGCUCCGCAGUUCCGAGGACAUGGGCUUCAACAGACCAUCUUUCAAUUGUAUGGUGUAAAGAGUUAAUAUUAGCCACUACAAGAGCCUUAUUUGAUCUUGUCGAUGAAGAUACUAGACAGAUAACGAAUAAUCUCCAAAAAAGAAUGUCUGUUUUGAGACAUCAUUUUGUGAGACAUCCAGCAAAAUUCUUUGAAUCUAAUCAUGAAACUACUGUUAGUUUGCCAGAGUCUGCCCUCUGGAUUUCUGUAAGUGACUCAACGUGGAAACAUAAAGUUACUAAUAAAUCAAUUGAAACCUAUUUUGCAUUUCCUCUUUCGGAUAAAAGAAAUAAUUUUAGUCAUUUUCACUGUCAAAGCACAUAUAUGUUUACAAACAGCUGGAUUUUUGGUUGCAAUGAUAAUGUUUCACCUAAUUGCUUGCAAGUUGAAGAUUUGACAUGGAAGGGUGAACUGUUACCCACAGCAAAGGCUGUCACUGUAAAACUUGAAGAUUAUUCAACAUUUUCACAUUUUAUACUCUCUCUGUCAAAUACAAAUGACACUAAGUUUUCCCUGGAAUGUGAAUUCUUAAAUGAAGUGUCGAGAAUGGUACAAUCACCUGUUACACAUGUUCUCUCAUUUGGACUUUCAACAAGUCAUAUCAAGGUAAAUUCAUCUGGACUUCUUCAUAUGGUGCAGCUUCAGGAAUUCAGCAAGAUAUACCAAGCAUUUGAUAUUAUUAUUCAGAGGAACUGCACAGAGCUUGCUGAGAGAAAAUCUAGUAUUUACAAAUUUCAUGUGCCAUGGUCUCAUGAUGAUAUUAUUAGAACCUCGAGUGAUGAUGAACCACUGAAAAUAUCUGCCAAACUUCAUGCUGCACAGCCUGAACAUUGCACUGAUGUGAUUACCCUGACACUUUAUUCAUCUGCAGAUUGUUAUUACGAGGUAACAAUUUAUACUUCAUUUUUGCAAAUACUCGGUCAGAUAAUACGAUUCUAUGGCCCUUCACUACCUGUAUAUAUACUGUCUAAUUUACUUCUGGCAUACGGUGGACAGUUACAUUCUCUUCUUAGCAACGGCCACUCUUUAGAAUUUGAUUCUUCAUUGGAUGCAGCAGCAAAACCAUAUAAAGUUGAUCCAAUUGUAAAUUUAUGCAGAUUUCUCUUAAGUUAUACCUGGUUUCAAAAUAUAUGGGAUGGAUUUCUGCUGCCAGAACUAGAUGCUGUCCAGUUGUAUUCUCUUGGUUACUUGUUUCCAUUGGCCUCGUUAUUUCUAUUCUUAUUUGGGACUGGAAUAUCAUAUUGGAGUGGUAUCCUAUUUAAGUCAACAAUUAGAGUUUUAUCAUCAUUGUGGAUCGCCUUUAAAAGACAAUCAGAACCGUAUGAUGAAAGCAGUUUUAUCACUCCGCAAAUAUUUCUUAUAGCCACACUCUUCGCAUUUAUUUGUUGGACCACAUGUGGUGCUUUUUCGGUUUUUCUUGUUUUUUUUCACUACUUGCUCAAGGUUGUAAAGCUGUAUUCUCUAGUAAGAGUACACAGAAGUACUGUCAGUAAAUGGCAAAAAGAUGGUGAUGAUAAAUCAACAGAUGUUCCUCAAAAUGAGAGUGCUAAAUUGAUGGCAUUUACUACCGGAAACUCCUCUCGCCCUGAGCAAUUUACUUCAAAUGUCAGCCAGCAAUACUCAACUUCAAACAUGAACACUGCUGCUGACAGCCUGAAGAUGCAUAUAGCAAUCAUGAACCUACUUCUGUGGGUCACCCUGCUCAGUUUGCCUUCAUUUGUUUAUUGGGCAAGAAACCUCAGGUAUAAUAUACAAUUGGACCCUGAUCCGAAUAGAAUACAGGCUUUAAUUCUUAUUUUUACAGUGGAAAUUCUGAUGAACUCAAAUACAUCCAUUCUAAAAUCCAGUAUGUUGUUGAAGACAGCGGCUCAUAUUCAGCUACCUUUGUCAAUUGUAACCGUGGCCUUUGGACCUUUACAUUUAUACAGAGUGUCUUACUUUAUUACAUUUUCUCUUUUUGUACAUGUAUUGUGCUGCUUUGUAUAGUAAUGUGCUUUGUGUCUAAUUAUGCAACUGCUCAUUGUGUUUACUUUAAGUAAACGGGAAGUUUUGAAGAUAAACAAAAACCUGUGAAUCAAAAGAACAUGUAGAGUUUACAGAGAUUUCCUGUGAUAUUUAAUAUACUUUAAUUUUUAUAUUCACAAUAAAAGAAUGUACUAAAACUCUUUUUUUUUUUUUUUUAUCAAAGUUGAUAUGGCUAAGCUGAACAGUGAUUUAAAAGGAGUACUUAAAUGAUGUUAUGCUGAACUAGAAAAAGUUUUUUGUUUUUUUAACUGUAUCUAUAGCAGUAGGUUUUGUUU